AUGUUCCGAAAUCACCGAAUUACACUACUUCAGGCCGUGGAAACUGCCCGAGCCGCUGAACUAUCUGAGCAGUCCACGGCCGAUAUUGAGCGGUUGCAGAUUGCCACACCUGAACGAGCACCGCCUGAAGCAUCGCCACAAGCCCACAUGGUCGAGGACGACCUGGCUUAUGAGGAUCCAGAAGAAGAAGUGGUGGCCCAGAUGAGGACUGUGCCUAAGAGGAAGCCAAAACCGCAACCUGCAGCGCAACAGGCGUCCGCACUGCCCUGCCGGGGUUGCGGAGGCCGUCAUAAACGCCAGGCUUGCCCAUUUUUAAAUGCCAUCUGUAACCGGUGCAAGGGCGAAGGCCACCUGGCUAAGGGGUGCCUCAUUUGGGGGGAUCGAGUGGUGAUCCCCACCGCGCUGCGGCCACAAGUCCUGUCCCUGCUCCAUAAGGAUCAUCCGGGCAUAGCACGAAUGAAGGCAUUAGCCCGUAGCUAUGUUUGGUGGCCCUUACUGGACUCAGAGAUAGCGGCCUAUGUUGGCCGCUGCAACCCCUGCCAACAAUCUAGGCCUAAUCCCCCAGCUGGGCCGGCUCGUGAGUGGGAGGCUCCGAGAGGCCCAUGGUCACGCCUCCACCUAGAUUUUGCCAGUCCCUUUCACGGCCAGAAUUUCUUGGUAGUGGUGGACGCUUACUCCCGCUGGGUGGAGCUGGUCCUGAUGGGCUCCACCACAGCUGAGAGUACGGUCCGGGCUUUGAGAAGGCUGUUCGCGACCCAUGGGUUGCCGGACCUAAUUGUUUCUGAUAACGGGCCCCAAUUUAUGUCCACCACGUUCCAGGAGUUUCUGGCCAUGCAAGGGAUUCGACAUGCGCCCAUAGCCCCGUACCACCCGGCCAGCAAUGGCCGGGCGGAGCGGGCGGUCCGCUCAGCAAAAGAGGCACUGGGCCGCAUGGACCGGGGCGACUGGCAGGAGAAAGUGGCGGCUUACCUGCUAAGCCAACAUUCCACUCCCUGCCCAACGACCAACCGAAGCCCCUCGGAGCUCUUGAUGGGCAGGCGUCUGCGGACUCCCCUGGACCGGCUA